CCCGUUGCAUUUUUCCCUAUUCAUAUAUCCCACACUCUUCACUCCAUUCUCAUUCUUCUCUCUAAUUCCUUCGUAUCCAAUUCGUCAUUCAAUUUCAAUUCCAAUGGAAAAGUACGAAAAACUCGAAAAAGUUGGCGAAGGAACCUACGGAAAAGUAUACAAAGCAAAAGAAAUCUCGACAGGCCAAAUCGUGGCACUAAAAAAAACCCGUCUCGAAAUGGACGAAGAAGGUGUUCCACCAACAGCACUUCGCGAAGUUUCUCUUCUCCAAAUGCUCUCUCAAUCUCUCUACAUCGUUCGUCUCCUCAACGUCGAACACGUCGAUAAAACUUCCAAAACCACCGGGUCCCACACAAAACCUCUUCUCUAUCUCGUCUUCGAGUAUCUCGACACAGAUCUGAAGAAAUUCAUCGAUACUUUUCGUAAAGGAGUUAACCCUAGACCGUUACCGAAUUCGCUUGUUCAGAGUUUUUUAUUUCAGCUUUGUAAAGGUGUUGCUCAUUGUCAUAGUCAUGGUGUUCUUCACCGUGAUUUGAAACCGCAGAAUUUGUUACUUGAUCAACCGAAAGGGAUUUUGAAGAUCGCUGAUCUUGGUCUUGGUCGUGCUUUUACUGUUCCUCUUAAGAGUUAUACUCAUGAGAUUGUUACUCUUUGGUAUAGAGCUCCUGAGGUUUUGCUUGGAUCUACUACUUAUUCUACUGGUGUUGAUAUUUGGUCCGUUGGAUGUAUCUUUGCUGAAAUGGUGAGAAGGCAGGCUCUGUUUCCGGGGGAUUCUGAAUUCCAGCAGCUUCUUAACAUAUUCAAGCUUUUGGGGACUCCAACUGAGGAGCAGUGGCCAGGAGUUAGUUCUUUGCGGGAUUGGCAUGUCUACCCAAGAUGGGAGCCUCAGAACUUGGCAAGGGCGGUGCCCUCCUUGGGACCUGAUGGAGUGGACCUUCUCUCGAAAAUGCUAAAGUACAACCCGGCUGAGAGAAUUUCUGCCAAAGCUGCACUUGAUCACCCCUACUUUGACAGUCUUGACAAGUCUCAAUAUUAAUGAUGAGCCUAGCCGGAAGAUUUGGUACAGAAGUGUCUGUUAAGCAACAUUGUAUUGCUGUUAGUGAAAAUUAAUGUACUCCAUGGAGUUUAAGGGUGUAUCAAUUUGGUGUUAUGUAAUAUUUCCUCAUCAUCUUGGUGAUAUGAACAAUUCAACUCUUGGUUUUAGUUCAUGAUUGCCGUGCCAUUUCUCUCUGAAGGACCCUUGAAGAAAACUUAAUGCACCUUUAAAAGUUUAUCUGUUGAGAUUGAAAGUGAUAGUUUGUAAGUGUGCUUUUACCUUAGUCAAUGCAUAUUAUUUAUUUAUUGUUUUGAGGAUGGCAGUUAAUUGGGCAUGAGUUAUUAUGGGA